AUGGCGCAGUAUGUGCAGGUUGGUCUGCAGAACAUCAUGCAGCUGGGUACUGAGUCCCAUGGCGUCUGCGACUUCACCAGCUUACUGGUCGUCCAACCGGCGCAACUGCUCGCUGACGCAGAAGGUCCGAAUGCGAUCCCGGCGCCUGCGUCAAGCGAGGGAACGUCUGUGCAUGAUCAGGUGGAGGGCUACUUCAACUAUCCGUUGGUGGUUCAGGACAAUGUCUACGAUGGCCGCGUAGAGCUGUAG